AUGAGCCACUCUCACCCCUCUGGACUACUGGCAGCGUAUAAUAGUCUUACCGACAAACACCUGGCCGGAUAUUUUAACAACACAAGGAUAAGGCGGCAUCUCCUGAGAUCAGGGCUGAUCACAAGAAGUGGAAGAAUACUUUCGGAAAAAGAGUACAAACUAAAUAUCAUGAAGAGGGAUCACCAAAGAUAUAUCCGGGAGUGCUUAGCCCAGGCUAUUUUCCACAAGGUUCUUGAUAUGGAGCGUUACCAUCAGCUUGAAAUUAAAAAGAAGCUAGAGACCUUAGCUAAAAAGGAGCGAAUUCAGAGAUUUAAGGGAGAGCCCAUAAAAUGGUCUAUAGAAAAAAACAUGCCGGUCCUGUCUCCCCACCCCCCAGGGUGCCCAAAGACAAACCGUGGCCACAGUGUGCUGGUUGAGGAUGGACCUUCUAGUCCAAUAACACUGACAGCCCCUCGACCAUACACCGCCCCAGGAAUUAUGCAGCCUCCAAUUCGAUUGCAGCCUCUUCCCAGUAAUCCUGCAGUAGGCACUGUUCCAAAGGUAACUUCAGGUUUCAGAUCAAAAACCUCACCACUGGAAAAUGAUGCUCCAUUCCCCAUUGUGGGCAAGAAGGCAGUGAUGAAGUUCAGGAACUCCAUGGACAAUUCACAGGGAAGGAGUCGAUAUCAACUUCUGAACGUUAACAGUUACAUGAUGCCUAUUCCUCCUCCGUCUCCUCCCCCAGAGGGAAAAAUCACCAGGGGAAAUAGAUCUGAAACAUGGAGAAGGGGAAGAUUUCAUCCAACUACUGCUCCAAAUAGCUUAGCACCAGUCUUUACCAGGGAUUCAAGAAGGAUUAAUAAAACACCACUGCAUAGCAACGCAGUUAUCACAAUGAUCUAUUUGGGGAAAAAUGUGCACCUAUCUUAUGAUCACCCAGACUUCAGGGAUGAAAUAAAAGUUUAUCAACAGCACUGCGGUGGAGAAAACCUGUGUGUCUACAAAGGCAAACUACUUGAAAAAGAGACCUUUCAGUUUAUUUCCAAAAGACAUCAUGGUUUCCCCUUCAGUCUCACCUUUUUCCUGAACGGGUUGCAAGUGAACAGGUUAAGCUCCUGCUGCGAAUAUAAGCAUCGGAAAGGUUCCAGACUUGGAGGCAAAAGAGGCUACUUUGGGUUUGUGUGUGUGGAGAGAUCAUCCCCUUGCUACAAGUGCAUUAUUGCGAUGGGCCUCGACAAGAAACUAACUUCACCGAAACUGAAGAAACAAAUAAGUGUUGACAAAGGAGAGGAACUGAAGAAGGGCGAGGGGAAACUGAGGAAGGAUAGAGCACGCAUGAAGCCAAGAAACGAGAUGGAGGGGAGCAAAAGCUCCGCUUCAGGCCUUUUUUCAGCUGAAGAAGGAAAAACAGGGGUUGAAGAAGUGCGGACUGCUGUAGAAGAAAUGGAACAUAAAGGAAAACAACAUGUUUGGGAAGAUGACCGGGAAAAUAUAUAUAAAUAUGAAUAUGAAGAAGAUUUUGAAGUAGAGGAGGAGAAACAAGAUGAGAAGGCUAAUGAAGAAGGACGGGCUGAUGACCACAUGAUUGGAAUGUCAAAGUCUCCCUCAGACGAUGAAAAAGGUCAUUUAGAUCCAGAAAAGGAAAGUGCAACCUUAUCCCAGAAGGCACCAGAUGCUGAUGACGGUGUGAAAGAUGAGGGCGACAGAUGCUCUGAGAGUGAAUUGGAAGAGGAUAAACAAGAUAUAAAGACUGCUUCGUCAUCCUCAUCCAGAAGUCACCCAUAUUCCAGCUGCAGUGAAGACGAAUCUACACUGGGGGACAGGGAGGCACAUGCUGACCGCAGCCCAAACUUAAGUGUCAGAAGUUCAUCUUCUCAGGAUUUGAGUGAAGCCGAUGAGCCAGGAAAAUCACAACUUCCAAUAGAGGAUUUGUUAACAAUUGAAGACCAAAAGAUAAUAAAAGCAAAUGUGGAGAUCAAGCCUCUGCUCACAGAGGAAAGCUUGGAGGAUGUUCUUGAAGAAGAAACAAAGAAAGGAGCCCAGCUGAUUGCAGAGGGCUUCUCUGAGAAGUCCAGGGAACAUGUUUCCAAGGAAGAAAAGGAAAAUGACAUGUGUCAACUCUGGAAAGGAAGCACUGCUAAGGUGAAGGACAAAACAGCAGGUCCCUGUAGGGUGGAGAAAGGUGUUGGCCAGAUAUUAGCUGAAGCUGUGGAACCUGGCUGCCACAGCCCCUGUGAUGCUGAGUCUGGUCUUAGCAGCGCAGAUGAGGGGGAGAAGCCCUUGACCGAGCUGGAGACUGACACAGGAGCAGCACCAAAUAGGAAUUCAGUAGUGGAAGAAAGCACAGUCCGCAACUCAGACAAGGAAUCCAAGCCAAAGAAGGAAGAAGCAGUGGAAGAAGAUGAGGUCCCUCAACACAGGGAUGCUGACACAGUAGAAGAAAAAGGGGGCACAACACUGUGGAGAAAAGCAGGAGCGGAUGGGUUUCCCUUGGGGGGGUGGAAGCCAACAGCAGAGCAGCCAGCUUUAGCAGAACUGGUCGUAGAGGAAAAAGAGAUCCCUCAGGGCGUAGCAAGCAGGGCAGAGACAGAAGAGGGUAAAAAGCUGAAUAAAGAGGAGUUACACCCAACAGGACAAAAAGCAGCAAGAGCCUCUGAAGGUCUGAAUGGAGAAGAGUCUCCUGAAAAGCAGACCUUGAUGCAGACAGUGCUGGAGACAGAGAAGGCAGCUUCUAAAGAGGAGCAGAGUUCAGGGAAGGCAGAGUUUGCAAGCCAGGCUGCAGCUUCAAAGUCUGAGUGUAUUCAGGAGUGUACCCUGAGAGAGGCUGAGAGAGGGGCAGCUGUGACUGAGGCAGAGUCUGAAAAGCCAAAGGUGGAGGAGAGUGAAGAAGAAGCAUCCAUAGACCAAGGGGACGUGGGACCUGAGCAGGACACUGUGUCCGAGAGAGAGGAUGGUUUAGAAGAGGCAACACUUGGGGGAGAGGAGCCAGCCAAAAUGAGGGAGGCAGUUAUGAGAACUGAAACACCUUUCAGCUCCUCAACUUCCGACAAACCUGAGACAACCGGGAUGAAGGUUUUAGAGGAAAUCCUAGAAGAACUUGGUAAGAAAGAUGAGAAAAGGAAGGAAGUUGAGUCUGAGGUAGAAUCGAAUAAGGAGGAUGAUGAUAGGAAAGAAACAUUACCCGAGGAAUUAGAUGCAGAAAGAAAGAAGCUGAAAGCUGAGAGGCCAAAAACACCUCUGGGGGAAACUGAAUCUGAUGGAGAAGAGGUGACAAGGGCAAAUGCUCUUCAGGAUGAAGACAUUUUAGAAGACGAGCAAAAGUUUAAAGGUCAAGAGGGGGAAACUGUGGAGGAAUUAAGAACCAGGAAAGAAACACAAGGCCCCCAAAAUGAAAUGGAGUGUGAUGUUGAGAAUGAAACACCCAGGGAAGCCUCUGAAUUGAUUGAAGACACAAUAUGUCAAGAAGAUUCACUGAGAGAAAGGGAGGUGACCAUGUCUGAAAUAGCACCUGGAUUUGAAAAGUCACUGGAAAACAUAAUAGCUGUGAGGGAAGAUGGAGGGGGAAGACUGAGAGAAUCUGGAGACACACAGUGUAAGGGCAAAGCAGAGCUGCUCUGCAGAGCGAAUGUGUCUGAGCAGGAAGAGGGACCUGGCCCUGAGGGUGAGGGUGUGUUAGGAGCUCCUGAAAGUGACCCCAGAGGACAGGCGCAGGCAGCUGAGGUGACAGUCACAGCCACAGGUGAGGCCCAGGAGUGUGCAGCCACAGACCAAGAUGGCCUUGCAGGACUGGAAAAGAGGGAAAAAGAAGGGUCUUUACAAGAGGGACAAGAAGUGGGGGUCAUGGCAAUGACCCAAGAAUGUAUUUCUGAGGGAGAUCCCAUGAUGGCAGAAAAGUUGUGUGAAGAAGUGAUGGAUGAGGACCCAGAGGAGGAGGUGGAUAAAGAGUACACUUUGCAGACAGCAGUGAUGAAAGCCAGGCACACGGAGGGGGAUGGGAGCUUGCAAGGAGGAAUGGUUGUGGCUGACAAAGACCUCCAAGGAGGAGGAGCAGCAGAAACAGCCGAGGAAAAGACAGAAAUGUUGGCAGAUUUGAACACAGCGAAGGGAAAAACAGAAGCAAAUACAGCCUCCUCCUUUUCAGAUGUUACUGGCGAGGAAACUUGGCACAAAGUGGAUGAGUUACUAGGGAAAACAGCAGCUGCAGAGAAGGUGGUGGCAGAGGAAAUAGCACUGAGCAGGGAGAGGGUGCCAGCAGUGGGGGAGGGGACAGUGACUGAAGCCUCAGAGGCUGAGGUGGAGGCUCUGGGAGAAGCUUCAGUCCUGGAAGGGAAGGCCCCACAGCUGGGGCGAGAUCAGAAGGAAGGGGAAGAAGGAGUGGAGGCAAGGAUGGGGGGCUGUGGUGGGGUGCAGGAGUCAGGGGAGGCUGAAGGUUCCAGACUAGGAUUAUCCCAAGAGAGAGAGUCAGAGCAGGGGAGAGAGAAUCUACAGGACAUGGAAGUACUCCCUAUAAAAGCUGACUGCCCUGGAACCCAAGAGAAGCAAGAAGAGCAUACAGUGCAAAGAGAAAGUGAGAACAUAGAUGUUUCCCUGAACAAAAAGGCCUAAGAGACUUCACAGCAGAUGGAUAUUUUACAGAUGUCUUCUGGAAGACUUAAAGAGUGGACAAAGAUUCACCCAAACAUCUUGCUGGGACUUUAAGUUUCAUCUUUAAAAAAGAACCACUCUGCUUGUCUGAACUGGUUCCUAAUCGGUCAGUGCUGGUCGGAAGCACCGCGGGCACCUUGAAAACGUGGGCUCCGAGAUUCCUAAGGGAGGACGGACCCUGCGGCUGGCUCACAGCCAGUGGAGGCCGCGCGUCUGCUUUCGAAUCAAAUCGUCAGCGUUCAGAUGCUUGAGUUUCACCAAAGAUCACUGAAAGGCCCAGUCCUGCCCCGUGGGGUUUGUUUAAAUUCCUUUCUAUUUAUAAUCAAAUAUCAGUCCCAGUUUCAUACAUGAGAGUCUUAUUUAAAAUCUAUAUUUGGGGCUUUAAUGACUUGGUCUGUGAAAAUGUGGUCUGAAGGUCCUUCAACAUAUACUCAAUGCUAGAGAUCGCUUCAGACCUAUAACAUGAUUCCAUGGCAUGCACAAUCACUUAUAAAUAGUCCUUCCUUCUAUUUAUGCCUGACACGCAGUUUAGAGUGGAAAUCUUAUUUCAAAGCACCCGUUGUUUCU